UAUCUCUCCCCCCUCCCAGAGCACGAUGCCGCGCAGGAAUGUGAAAGGCUCCCGCCAGCCGCCAUUUUCUUUCUUUCUUGGCAGGCAGCGAGUGGGGCAGGAAGCGGUGGCUGAGCGACUAUGGCGGACUAUUCCACGGUGCCCCCUCCUGCUUCGGGCGCGCCCGGGGGAGGCGGCGGUGGAGGUGGAGGAGUGAACGAUGCCUUUAAAGACGCGCUGCAGAGGGCUAGGCAGAUUGCAGCAAAAAUUGGAGGAGAUGCUGGCACAUCAAUGAAUUCAAAUGACUACGGUUAUGGAGGACAAAAAAGACCUCUUGAGGAUGGAGAUGGCUCUUGGACAAGUCCGAGCAGUACAACACACUGGGAGGGAAUGCCCUCUCCUUUUAAAGAUCAACCAGAUGCUAAGAAAGUUGCUCCUCAGAAUGACUCUUUUGGAAAUCAGCUACCACCGAUGCAUCAACAACAGAGGUCUGUGAUGACAGAGGAGUACAAAGUUCCCGAUGGGAUGGUUGGAUUCAUAAUUGGCAGAGGUGGAGAACAGAUCUCACGCAUACAGCAAGAGUCUGGCUGUAAAAUACAGAUUGCACCUGAUAGUGGAGGCCUGCCUGAAAGAUCAUGUAUGCUAACUGGAACACCAGAGUCUGUUCAAUCAGCAAAAAGAUUACUUGAUCAGAUAGUUGAAAAGGGAAGGCCUGCACCUGGCUUUCAUCAUGGUGAUGGACCUGGAAAUGCAGUCCAAGAAAUUAUGAUUCCAGCAAGUAAAGCAGGAUUAGUUAUUGGAAAAGGUGGAGAGACAAUUAAACAAUUACAGGAACGGGCAGGUGUCAAAAUGGUUAUGAUUCAAGAUGGUCCACAGAACACUGGUGCAGAUAAGCCCCUUAGGAUAACUGGAGACCCUUACAAAGUUCAGCAAGCCAAGGAAAUGGUGCUGGAGUUAAUUCGUGAUCAAGGUGGCUUUAGAGAGGUGCGCAACGAAUAUGGGUCAAGAAUAGGAGGAAAUGAAGGGAUAGACGUUCCAAUACCACGAUUUGCUGUGGGUAUUGUAAUAGGAAGAAAUGGAGAGAUGAUAAAAAAGAUUCAAAAUGAUGCUGGUGUUAGGAUCCAAUUUAAGCCAGAUGAUGGAACAACACCAGAUAGAAUAGCCCAAAUCACAGGGCCUCCUGACAGAUGUCAACAUGCUGCAGAAAUUAUUACAGAUCUCCUUCGAAGUGUUCAGGCUGGUAACCCUGGUGGACCAGGACCUGGUGGUCGAGGAAGGGGUAGAGGCCAAGGCAACUGGAACAUGGGGCCUCCUGGUGGAUUACAGGAAUUCAACUUUAUUGUUCCUACUGGCAAAACUGGAUUAAUCAUUGGCAAAGGUGGCGAGACUAUUAAAAGCAUAAGCCAACAGUCUGGUGCUAGGAUAGAACUUCAAAGAAAUCCUCCACCCAAUGCGGAUCCAAACAUGAAGAUGUUUACUAUCCGUGGAACACCCCAGCAAAUAGAUUAUGCAAGACAGCUUAUAGAAGAAAAGAUUGGAGGUCCAGUAAAUCCAUUGGGUCCACCUGUUCCCCAUGGACCCCAUGGUGUUGUUCCUGGCCCACAUGGACCUCCUGGGCCACCAGGUCCUGGUGCUCCUAUGGGACCAUAUAACCCAGCUCCUUAUAAUCCAGGGCCUCCUGGCCCUGCACCUCAUGGUCCUCCAGCUCCCUAUGCUCCACAAGGAUGGGGAAAUGCAUAUCCACACUGGCAGCCACCAAAUCCACCAGAUCCUGGUAAGCCAGGAACAGAUCCCAACUCAGCGGCUUGGGCAGCUUAUUAUGCUCACUACUAUCAGCAGCAAGCACAGCCACCACCUGCAGCCCCUCCUGGUGGGCCAGCUACAACCCAAACUAAUGGACAAGGAGAUCAACCAAAUCCAGCACCAGCAGGGCAGGUUGACUAUACAAAGGCCUGGGAGGAAUACUACAAAAAAAUGGGUCAAGCAGUUCCUGCCCCUGCUGGGGCUCCUCCAGGUGGUCAACCAGAUUACAGUGCGGCAUGGGCAGAGUACUACAGGCAACAGGCAGCGUAUUACGCCCAGACAAGUCCACAGGGAAUGCCACAACAUCCUCCAGCACCACAGUGCAGGUUUGAUCCAGCCAGUAUAGAACUAGCUCUGUAGGGGUGAGGAGGACUGUGCUGUGUAUCAUCCUUGAUUGUUCCUUCAAGGAGCAUUGCACUGUAAGUACAUCAGAAUGACAAAUUGAUGAACUGCAACAGUAUCUUUUUGUCAAUGUUCCACAUAAUGAAAAUGCCAUACUUGUGUGACUAUUAUGUUGGAAUACAGUGCUGGUAUCUUAGGAAAUCAUAAAUGCUUCUUAAUUCAGAAACAUAGGUUUGUGUAUACAUACAUAUACAUAAUAAGAGCUUUGUGGGUAAGUAUUUCUGAAACGUUUAGCAGGAGCUAAAGAAAAUCAUGUUUCUGUUUAUCUGAGCAAUAGGGGGUUUUCCAUUAGUACUCCUGAGAGAGCUGUAUCAUUGAGUGUUUUUAAAGUAUGCAUAUUGUAACAUUGAAGUCGUUGGAACUACUUGUUAGACAGAAGUUGUCUUUGUCUUCAGAUAGUAUGCAGCUAUGUAGUGAUGUAGGUAUGUUUUUAAAUAUAAAUGUUACUUGCUUUAUCUUUUGGAACGCCAUAUUGUUGCUUUGAGAGAAUACUUUUUUUAGGGUGGCUGCACAGAGAAGUAAAAAUUAAGGCUUGAAAAUUGAAGUAGUUUAUUCAGGUAAUUAGCAAUAUAUGUUUUGUGCUGUAGAAAUGGAAGGAAUUAUUUUUAUCCCUUUUAAAAUUAGGAAUUAUUCUGGUAGCUUAAGAAAGGCUAGGAUAGCUUUUACUAUCUUUAGUGUAGGGUAUGAAGUUUAAUAGUUUGGAUAUUUUGCAUGAAGUUUGUAGAUAACCUUAUAGAAUGGUGCAUUUAUUAUGUACUAAACUGAGCAAAAUUAAAUUCACUGGAUUCUCUUAUUCACAAAAUGGAGGCUGUUGAUUUUGAUUCAUUUAAGGUAUAAAAUCUUUAUUAAUUGCAAACAGUGCAAUUAUUUAUACUUCACAGUGCCUUCCCAGACCUUCCACCUUAGGUUCUGCUGCAAAAAAGCAACAGUGCUGAAGAUGCUGCAAGCACCAAAUCAUAGCUCAUAGAAUCAGGUCCUGAGAUAGUUACUACCAGUAAAGAGGAAUCCUUUGAGUGUAUGCCAUUGGUGAGCCGAUGAGCAUGGACCAUAGAAGGGCUCCAUGUAGAAGGUAAAAUUGGCAAAAAACAUAACAGAUUUGAAAUGUAUCCCAUACAUAAUGGUGUAGGGUAUUUUUUUUUUUGUCUUGAUCACUUCUCAUUCUUUAAAGUAUUAUUUGUUUGACCAUAAAUGUUCCAUAAUCUGUUAAGUUUUUAAAACUGUGAUUUAUUAAUAUAAACCAUCUAUUUUAACUUACAUUCUUCUAAAUAGCCAAGCUUAGAUAUGUUCAAAUUUUGAACUAAUAGUUGUGCUUCAGUUUUUCAAGCCACUUAUUUCAUCUGUAGUUUGAUAUAUAACUUCAUUUUUGAUGUGAGAAAAGGUUAGGUGUGUACCACUUGGAUUUUGAUACUGUGAAUUUAGUGUUGGGGUGAGUCAUUUGUUCACUUCUUUUUACAUGAUACUUUUGUCUUCAACUGUUGUUCAGUAUCUUAAGUCUUUCAGUUAUACAUUUAGUCAGUGGGAGGAGAUAGAGAAGAAAAAGCUAGUUCAUUGGGAUGUUGCUAGUUUGUGGAAGAUGAGAUGUUCCUGUGUUGCGUUUGUGGUGUAUUGACCUACAGGUUUCUCACUGCUGGGCUACAGGCAUGUUAUUUUGUGCUAAGCAUAGUGUUUAUUUUUCAACUCUUACUCUCCAAACUCAUGGCUCGUAGUGGAAGAGAAAAUAGAUUUGCGUUUCUCUGAUUCAAAAUGUGAUGUACUUCUUUCAAAUGUUUUCUGCUCUUUCCUCCCCCCACACACACCCCUUAGAGUCUUAGAAAUAAAAUAGAACGUGAAGAGUACAAAAAGUUUAAAAAAGAAGCAUAAUGUUUGAAGUAGGAAAAAAGGUUUUGUAUCCCUUUCUGCAGCCUGUACUUUAAUAGGACAUGAAACAAAAUGUCAGGUGGAUAAUCUUCAGUCUAGCAUGAUCGUAAGUCAUCUAUAAGCUGUUCAGGUAGACAGGAUCAUUAUUCAUUUGCACAGCCUAUCUUUUUAUUAGUGGCAUUUUAUUGGAUGAUAGAAACUGUUUCUCCUCUGUGCUUUUCCAGUUUUUAAGUUUUCCAUUGCAUGCUAGAAGCUUUUUAUUUCACAUUCUUCUGGAAGCGUGGGGAGGAAGGGAGGACUAGGCUUUUCAGAAAGCAUACAGUUGACAGGAUUCCCUCUUACUUAGUAAUAGCUUAUACAACUCUUACAUAUGCACAAAUAUUUCUUUUGCGUGCAUGUGAAAUGCCUUUUCGUCCUGAGAAAAGUGUUCUCUGCAGAAACUACCCGUGUGUAAAAAGAAGAUUGGCUUUUAAAGGCAACUGUGAUGGGAACAGUGUCUUAGGGAGAUGCAGCUUGGACUUGAGGUAAAUUGAAUGCUUUACACAAAUGUGGUUUUGAGCUUGCAUUGACAUUGUAUGUAAUAUGGGUUCACGUUAACUGUAUAAUGUUUUUUGUAUGGUUUUUCUCAAUAAAUGUAAACCAAUGGAUAAUAAUAGCAAUGUUUUGGUC